GGAGGAGGAAGAGAGAAGGGGCAGUUCCAGGGAUAGAAGGGACUGGGCUGGAGACGCCUUUGCUGCUCCUCCCCAGACCCCCCGAGCACGCAGAGCUUGGGAUGCAGGAGCCUUCCUAAUACGAGCAACUCGACCAAGUCUUCUUCCUGGCUUUUGGGAGGCUCUUUUGGAGGGAAUUUUGAUGACUUCGUUUUCCAGGCAUCUCAAUAUCCAGAGGAACUGCUGAGAUGUUCCGACGAGCCUUUUUUACCACAGUCCUUUGUGUGGCUCUGGUUUCUCUCCAUGCUCAGCUUGAUGGGGAUCCUGGAGAUGUCAGCCCUACCUCCUGUGCAGAAAAGAGGAACUGCCCCAUCAAUGUGUACUUCAUCAUUGACACCUCGGAGAGCGUAGCUCUGCAGACUGUGCCUAUCCAGAGCCUUGUGGACCAAAUCAAGCGGUUCAUCCCUGUGUUCAUUGACAAACUGGAGAACGAGCUCUACCAGAACCAAGUCUACAUCACCUGGCAGUUUGGUGGGCUCCAUUACUCGGAUGUGGUGGAGAUAUACAGCCCUUUAACGAGCAGCAAAGACAUUUACCUCCCCAGGCUGAAUGCCAUUAACUACCUUGGCCGGGGCACCUUCACAGACUGCGCCAUCUCCAACAUGACGGAGCAGAUCCAGACCCAGAUGGCCUCAGGCGUGAACUUCGCAGUAGUCAUUACUGAUGGCCACGUCACAGGCAGCCCCUGUGGGGGGAUGAAGCUGCAGGCAGAGAGGGCACGAGACAUGGGCAUCAAGCUCUUUGCAGUGGCCCCAAGUGAGAAUGUCUAUGAGCAGGGGCUGCGGGAGAUCGCCAACCUGCCCCACGAGCUGUACCGCAAUAACUAUGCCAUCACGCAAAAGGACACCUUGGAGAUUGAUGUGAACACCAUUGACAGGAUAAUCCAAGCUAUGAAACACGAAGCCUAUGGAGAGUGCUACAAGAUGAGCUGCCUGGAGAUUGCAGGUCCGCCUGGUCCCAAGGGAUACCGAGGGCAGAAGGGUGCAAAGGGAAACAUGGGUGAACCAGGCUCCCCUGGGCUGAAAGGAAGACAGGGUGACCCAGGUAUCGAAGGUCCCAUCGGAUACCCUGGUCCCAAGGGUGUCCCAGGGCUGAAAGGAGAGAAGGGUGAGAUUGGAUCCGAUGGACGGCGGGGUGCCGCUGGUUUGGCCGGCAGGAAUGGCACCGAUGGACAGAAGGGCAGGCUGGGCAGAAUUGGACCACCAGGCUGCAAGGGAGACCCUGGUGACAAGGGCCCUGAUGGCUACCCAGGAGAUGCAGGAGACCAAGGAGAAAGAGGAGAUGAAGGCAUAAAGGGAGAUCCUGGCCGGCCUGGUCGCAGUGGACCGCCGGGACCUCCAGGAGAAAAAGGAAGCCCGGGACUUCAAGGCAACCCUGGAGCUCAAGGGCCUGCUGGGAGAAAGGGAGGAAGGGGUGAACCAGGACCUCCUGGACCCAAAGGAGAGCCUGGUCGACGUGGAGAUCCAGGGACAAAAGGCAGCAAAGGCACUCCUGGGGCCAAAGGAGAAAGGGGAGAUCCUGGUCCAGAGGGUUCUCGUGGCCUGCCUGGUGAGGUUGGAAGCAAAGGAGCAAGGGGAGACCAAGGAAUGCCAGGACCCCGAGGCCCUUCAGGUCCUGUGGGAGAGCCAGGCAGGAUAGGAUCAAGAGGGGAUCCUGGUGAUUUGGGCCCAAGAGGUGAUGCUGGACCACCAGGACCGAAGGGUGACAGAGGCAGACCUGGCUUUAGCUACCCUGGACCCAGAGGACCACAGGGUGACAAGGGUGAGAAGGGGCAGCCAGGACCCAAGGGAGCAAGAGGAGAGCUUGGACCAAAAGGAGUGCAAGGGACCAAAGGAGACAAGGGGGAACCGGGUGAUCCUGGUCCAGGAGGUGAGCCCGGACCCCGUGGUCCCACUGGUGAAGCUGGCCCUGAGGGGACCCCAGGCCCACCAGGAGAUCCUGGCCUGACUGACUGCGACGUGAUGACCUACGUGCGGGAGACAUGCGGAUGCUGUGACUGUGAGAAGCGCUGCGGUGCCCUGGACAUCAUGUUUGUCAUAGACAGCUCAGAGAGUAUUGGCUACACCAACUUCACCCUAGAGAAGAACUUUGUGGUCAAUGUGGUCAGCCGCCUGGGCUCUAUUGCCAAGGACCCCAAGUCACAGACAGGUGCCCGUGUUGGGGUGGUGCAGUACAGUCACGAGGGGACCUUUGAAGCCAUCAAGCUUGAUGAUGAGCGCAUUGAUUCACUGUCGAGCUUCAAGGAAGCAGUGAAGCGCCUGGAGUGGAUUGCUGGAGGCACCUGGACACCUUCUGCCCUUCAGUUUGCCUAUAACAAGCUCAUCAAGGAAAGCAGGCGAGAGAAAGCCCAAGUGUUUGCUGUGGUGAUCACGGAUGGGCGCUAUGACCCCCGGGACGAUGACAAGAACCUCGGGGCUCUUUGCGGUAGAGAUGUGGUUGUCAACACCAUUGGCAUUGGAGACAUGUUUGACCAGCCAGAACAGAGUGAGACUCUGGUUUCCAUCGCCUGCAAUGAACCCCAGCGCGUCCAGAAGAUGAGGCUCUUCUCAGACCUGGUGGCAGAGGAAUUCAUUGACAAGAUGGAAGAUGUCCUCUGCCCAGAUCCACAGGUCGUCUGCCCUGAGCUGCCCUGUCAGACAGAUGACAGGAACCCUGGGAACGUAAAUCCACUUAUUUUCCGCCCCAUGGAAGAGGGAGUCAACAUAGAUUUCCCCAGCACCAUACAUUCCAUCGCCCAGUUUCUAAACUCCACGCGGGAAACCCAGGACCCCAGCAUGUACACCCAGCUGGUGGCCACUUUGGCCUUUACCGCCGAAAAAGCCAAGUUUGCCACUGGAAAUGAGCGGCAAGAGUGGAUGGACUUGUUCAUUGACACCUUCAAAAUGGUGCACAGCGAGAUUGUGGGGGACCCAGAAACCGUGCUAGGGCUUUGCUGACAUCUCUGUUAGGGAUCAAUGUGAAGAGAGCAGAGGCAGAGGUUGAGAGGAGGUGGCAAUGGUCUUUCCCCAUGUGCCUGUUGGGCAGAGGGGGCAGAUAGACUGGUAGAUGCUUUCAGCUCUUGGUUGCGCUCAGUGAGGGAUGGGACAUGAGGGGCAGUCUUCUCUGGCUUGGCUGAAUGAUGAGCAUGGCAGCUUUCUUCAGUGAUGGCAAGAGAUGCUUUUGCUUUGCCCACUUCUUUUUUGCAGAGGAGCUGCGUGUCCCAGCCCUCAGCCAUAGGCAAGCACCAGGGUCUACCAAUGAGGCUCCCAACACACGCGUGGCUGAGGGCCAGAGCGAGCCCUUCGUACACAGAGGGACCAGCGAUGCACUUUCUCCAUGCCUUCAUACAUAUGCAUUUGCUAACUGCUUCUGAAGCUCUUCCGCAUCCUCUCACUGGGUUACCAUGAGGGCUUUCUUCAGGUCUUGUGUGGCAAGACUGACAAAGCAAGGUGCAUCUCCUCUUGCCGCAGUGAGUGUCUCUGUACGACCAUCCAAGGGGCAGUGGGGAAUGUUGAAGGGAAGCAGCAAGAGGUAUGGGAGAGGGGGCAAGCCUGGCUUUCCAUUGAGAGCACCGAAACCUGGGGAGUGCUUCUCUCAGAAGCUGUGUGAGCUCCCUCUGCCUUUUUCUCUGCUUCUACAUUUGUGUUUCUUCUGUCUUAGUUAGCAACAUGUACCUGUUGGUAGACAAGAGACAGAGAUUGCGUGCAGUCAAACCUCUAUGAUGUGUUACGUGAGCUAUUUAAAAGCAAGUAUUUCAACUUGAUUCAAUCCAUACCAAGUGCUAGUUCGGUUCAGAGACACCACUUGUGCUGUGGGUGUGUGCAUUUAGAUGAGGGGUGGUAUUUCCAUAAGCUCAGAUGCUCCUAAUACUCACAGGAGGUCAGGCAGGUAUCAACCAUUCCUGCCUCCAGCAUAACUACUGCCCUCUUAAUCCAUAAGAGAGCAGCAUCUUGUGUGCAGGCACAAAAGUAGAAGUGUUUACUGCCAGCAAGUGGAUUUUGCAGCCUCUCUAAGUGGCAUGAUAUUAUUACAAUAAAGUAUACUGAACAAAUGUCA